GAAGAAAAAAAUGCAGGGUGUGCCCUUAAAAUAUGAAAUUUAUGUAUUGAAAUUCUCAUACCUGAGGUGGUCAAACUUUCACUCGAACUGAAACAAACGAAACCACACUUCAUGGCACUGGAGUUUCCUGUGAGUCGGGGAGUGCGCACAGAGAAUCCGAGCAGUACAGUACAUAGGAAAUGACUCAUAUGAGUUGAGCUGUUAGCGUGGGUGUGUGCGCGCUAUUAAAACAAGGCGCAGACUCCUCCGUAUGACUCACUCUGAUGCUCGCUUUUCCAUGGUGAAAACCAGCAAGGAUUGUUAAUCAGAUGAACUUUCGGGAAUUGUGUAGCCGACAGCGAGCAGCUUUUCACCCGCAGACAUCAUGGCUUUAAACGCUCUUUGCGCGCUCUGCGGACUUAUUAUUGCGGUGGUGACCAAUCUCCAUGGCGUGAGCGCGCAGAAAAGUCAGUGUCGCAGCUCAGAGUUUUGGAACUCAGACUUGGAUGUUUGCGUGCCCUGUGAUUCGUGCAAGAAGUACCCGAAGACCCCAUCCUGCAACACAUGCAAAUUGGUGGAUGAGCCGUCUGACGUGUGGAAACUGGCAGCAAUCACCAGCUUCUCAGUGCUGGCUGUGGUGCUGAUCAGCGCCGCACUGAUCAUCGGAGUCAUGGUGCAUCGACGCAAGUCGCACAAACGGCCUCUACGUGAACCUAUUGAAGAAACUGCGGGGCCACUUUAUCAAGCUUAAACCACUCACCUCAUCUUCUUCUGAAAACUGAUGUAACAGAACCGAGGAGCGACUGCUUAACAGCCGGCGGAGGAACCUCUGAACGACGAACUGUAUACUCUGUAGACUGCAGGGUGUACCUCGACCAGAAACGGACCUUUUUUAAUUUAUUAGACUGUUUGGUGAAGAGAUGUGCUCAGUUCUCAUGCUUGGUGUAAGUCCAGUGGUAACUACAGGACUUGCUGUGAGCAAAUCUCACACCUCAAGUAGGAAUAUUAACAGGAUUAUACUAGUGGUAUCAUCUUUAGAAUUUGUGUGCCUUUAUAUUCCACUCCAAUGAGAUUUUGAUCUGGAUCUUUGUGGGUUUUCGGAUGUUUGACUGAGAAAUAGCCGUAAAGCUACAGUCCAUGUGCCUGUUUUGCAUUGUCCUGUUUUCAGCAGGGACUCCAGUGAAUGUAACACAGCUAGAGCUGCCAGCCUGGCCAUGGUUUGAUCCCCCUGUUGUUUAGCAGGAUAAGAUGGGGUCUCGUUGCUGGUCAGUCACCAACAGCCUCUGAAAGAUAGAUUACAUGUGAGUAACACAUACUGUUUGGCACAUUAAGGCCAUUUGAAUGUAGCUACCUUUUAAGUGAAUUGUAUUCCAGCCUUUGUUCCUGCCAGUACCUCCAUGUAGCUGUUCUUUUAGUAGCCUGACACAGUGAUAACGCUGUUGAGUAAAGGAGCAAUCUGCACUCAUGCACUGUUACUGGGUCUCCUGAGACCAACACAGACCCUUUAUUGCAGGUCGUUACAAUAUUGUCUUGUCUGUUUUGUUUUUUUUGUUGUUUUGUUAGAUUUCAGAUGUCAUUUUGUCUAAAAGAAACCCUGAAUUCAGAUGCAGAGCUUGUAACACUAGACGUACAAUCCCAAACUGCUAACAUGUGAGAAUGCUGUGAGGAAUGUACUGCAGAGAAAACCAGCUACACCUACAGACCCAGUUUCCCAUACAGGGAUUAAGUCUAAUCCUGGACUAAAUAUUUUUUCCUAUUGUGGUCUUCAUUGACUUUUUCCUUUUAGUCUAGGACCAUGCUUAAUCCAUGAAUGGGAAACCAGCCAACAGUGUUUUAAAUGGAGAUUCACAAUCACAGUGCUUUUCAGAUUUGCAACAAGGCAAGAAAAAAAAAAAAAAAGGAAAAAGAUGGUUGUAAUUGCAGUUGUGUGUAAUUCUGUCGCCACUGAAACCAGCGUGAACCACAAUGGACUAGAUUGUUUUCUGCUUUUUGCAUUUUUUUAAUUUUAUUUUUUCCCCCAUCUAACCAAUGCAGGCAGCACGGUGGCAUGGUGGCUAGCAGUGUUGCCUCGCAGCUAGAGGGUCUGGGUUCGAAUCCACCGUCGCCUGGGUCUUUCUGUUUGGAGUUUGCAUGUUCUCCCUGUGUCUGUGUGGGUUUCUUCCAGGUUUCCACCAGUUCCCUCCCACAGUCCAAAGACAUGCAGUUA